GAGGAGGACGAGGAGGAGGAGGAUGAAGAGGAGGCGCCGUGGAGAGGUCCAGAUGACCUGGAGUUCAGUGAAGAAGGCGGUGGAAGCCGGGUGGUGGCCGGCAGAGACCUCCACCCUGACACCACGUGGGGUCCUUACCCGGGAAUCCUCCAAUCGAAGGGCAGCACAGAGGAGGGGGUCGAGAAGUCGAAGUUGAUGUGUGAAGAUCCAGAUUGUUGGAUCAGUCGACUCCCUCUGACCUCUGACCCCUCAGCUGCCAACUGUACCAUCUACAGCCGAGGUGACGCCUUGUUCUGUAAGGUCGCCCGGGAGCUCGUGGCGGGCGAAGGCCUCCUGGCGUCCCUGUCUCCCCCCCCCGGCUCCUCCCCUCCUCUGGCCCAGCCCUCUCCUCCGCUCGGCCUCAUCAUCCAGAAUCAAGCAGCGGUGAAGGAGGAGCCAAUGUACCCGGCGGCGCUGCGCUCCGAGAUUCAGCUCCUCCCACAGCAAGCCGGCAUGGCCGCCAUCUUGGCUACCGCGAUUGUUAAUAAGGACAUCUUCCCGUGUAAGGACUGUGGGAUCUGGUACCGCAGUGAGAGGAACCUGCAGGCGCACCUCAUGUAUUACUGCGCCAGCCGCCAGAAGCAGCCGGCCGCCGCCUCCUCGCCGCCGCAGGACAAACCCAAAGACUCGUACCCCAACGAGCGCGUCUGCCCCUUCCCACAAUGCAACAAGAGCUGCCCCAGCGCCAGCUCCCUGGAGAUCCACAUGCGCACACACAGCGGCGAGCGUCCCUUCGUCUGUCUCAUCUGCCUCUCGGCCUUCACCACCAAAGCAAACUGUGAGCGCCACCUGAAGGUGCACACGGACACGCUGAACGGCCUGUGUCACGGCUGCGGCUUCGUCUCCACCACCAGGGACAUCCUGUACAGCCACCUGGUCACCAGUCACAUGGUCUGUCAGCCGGGGUCCCGCAGCGAGGUCUACUCCCCCGGCCCGGGCCUGCCCAAGCUGCCGCUGUCCACCGGUCUCAGUCCAGGAGACUCCGGUGUGGUGCUGAAGUGUCAAGUGUGCGGCCACAACUCGGACUCUCCGGCUCAGCUUCAGCAGCACGUACGAACCCACCUGGAGGUCAUGGUCCCGGCCGAGCGGAGCCCCACCCCUCGCCAAAUCACCCCAUCGUUAGUCGACGCCCCUCAGCUGUCCCCUCACGACAGGGAGCCCCUCGCCGGUGUCCCUAAACCGGACUCGUGCAGCCCGGGUGCUAACGGCAGCUCGGCCACGCCCCGGGACUACAGCUCUCCUGGAGCAGCAACCACUGAGCUGAAGAUAAAGGAGGAGCCGCAUUCAGACUCAGAGAUACAAGAGAUGGAGAUCACUGAGGCUGGAGAGGAGGAGGAGGAGGAGGCUGGUGGAGAGAAGAGGAAGCAAGAAGACAGAAGGAAAACAAGGGACAGUCAGGGUCACAUGGCCAGCUCCUCCAGUCAGACGUCAGGUUCUCCCAAGAGUCCGGCCACCGCCACCGUGAAGGCAGAACCCACCAGCCCCACCCCCGGGUCCAGCCCCGCCCCUGUGGGAGGGGCAGAGUCCGUUCUUCCCGGAGGAGCAAUGUUCUUGCCACAGUACAUGUUUAACCCCGAGGCGGCCAUUUUACCACAGGCCUCGGAAAUACUGGCAAAGAUGUCGGAGAUGGUCCACAGUCGUCUGAAGCAGGGACAGACGGCGCCGCAGAACAACCCGGCUGCGUUUUUCCCGGCUGGUUCGACGGCAUCCGGCGCCGCUGCCACGCCACCUCACAAAGGCGCCACCUGCUUCGAGUGCGACAUCACCUUCAACAACAUCAACAACUUCUAUGCACACAAGAGGCUGUACUGCUCCAGCAGGCACCAGGCGGAAGGAGACACCUCGGCUUCGGGUCCUGGACUAACGAGGGACGCCACCUCGGCCUCGGUGCCGUCCAGCGGAGCACAUGGCUCCUCCUCCUCGCCUCAGGGCGGAGCAGCAAGUCGAGCUGCCUCGGCUUCUCCCGCGGACUCUGACUCCCCCGCCGGAGCGACAGAACCCAGGAGAGCGGUGGAGGUGAAGACAGAGACUCCUGCAGUGAGAGAGGGAAUAUCGUCUUCUUCUGAAGGGGAAGGCGGGGCUACAAGUGUGGGAGGAGGUGGCGUCGGAGGAAGAGCGAGCGAAGGCAGCCAGAGUCCAGCGAGCGGUUCUGCCGAGGACCAGGAAGACGAUCCCAACAGAACCUUCUGCCUGGCCUGCAACAUCCGCUUCAGCCGCCAUGAGAACUACACGGUUCACAAGCGUUUCUACUGCGCGUCACGCCACGACCCGACCAACCACCGGUCCGUGCACAUGGCCAAGGCCACCACCGGAGCAGCCUUCCACCCCCAGCCCAUUCGCACACGCAAGCGGAAGAAGAUGUACGAGAUCCACAUGGCCAGAACUGAGGCUUUAGCUAAUGCUGCCGCUGCCGCCGCCGCCGCCGCUGCUUCCGCGGCUGCCUCGGCUCCGUCCCCCUCGGUUCUGGGCUUGGCGGUGAAGCAGGAAGUUUCUCCCGGUGCGCCCGGCGGCUCCAGCCCCGAAGGAGACGGCCCGAUCGACCUGAGCAAGAGACCCCGGCUGAGAGAGGUUCCACGGCACAGCAGCAGCAGCAGCAGCAGCGUCCUCCCGGCCCUGCCGCUCACAGACUACCACAAGUGCACCGCCUGCAGCAUCAGCUUCAACAGCAUCGAGAACUACCUGGCCCAUAAGACCUACUACUGCCCGGCCACCACACUCCAGCCGCACACCAUGGAGCAGCUGCACCGGCUCAAGAGAUCCGCCUCCACCUCGCCCAAAAGCCGGCCUCAGCAGGACCGGCCGGACCUCCUGCACCCGAUGGAGGCGAAGGCUCUGCCCGCCGAGUGGGUCGCUCAGACCCGAGGCUCCUCCUCCAGCCCUAGAGCGUCUGCCUUACCGGCCUCGGACGCCACGUCUCCUCCUCACCCCACCACCACGCUGGCAGCCAUCCCGGGAGCUGGAGCCAAAGGAGCCGGUGCUGCUCCUCCUCAGGUGGUCUGCCCGUACUGCCCCAACCGACCCAUCGCCGGGGACCUGGUGGAGCACUUCAGGACCACCCACAGCCUUGUGGCGACCAUUCAGCCACCGCAGGAGGUCCUGCCGCAGCCGGGAAGCCGCAGCCCGAGCCUUAGUCCCAGAGACGGAGCUGCUGCACCCCCCCACAGCCAGUCCAGACCGGUGUCCCGGGUUCACAGAGACAGCAUCAACGGGCAGGCCAGGAGCGCAACCAGUUCUCCUGUUUCCCCGCGGGUGAACAGCACUCCCUCCCCGGGGGGGGGUGCUUCCCCUCCGGCCGGCUCCCCUCUGCCCAUGUCCCCCCCGGCGCCUCCCUCUCUGACUGUGUCACCUGUGCCUGAGGUCCUGAGGGAGCCGGUGGGAUCCUCCCUCCUUCCAGACAAAGCCAACGUGACGGUGAUCUCCGGUCACAUCUCCGCCCCCCCGUCGGCCCAGACCCCCGGCCUCAAAACCACGGUGAUCUCCCCCGUCCAGAACGGGAACUCCCGCUUCUGCCGACUCUGCAACAUCAAGUUCAGCAGCCUCUCCACGUUCAUAGCUCACAAGAAAUACUACUGCUCCUCCCACAGUGCCGAACACGUCAAGUGAGCCCAGAGGUUCUCGUCUAACUCCUCCUCCUUCCCUCCCUUUCUCUCUCUGAGCGGCGUCUUCCCCUUCGCCGAGCUCCACGAAGCUCCUCCCACCCGGGUGCCAGGCUGGCGCUCAGCUGACGUGACUCUAAAUGACAAUGAAUGACUGUUACUCACCUGACGGGUCGCCGCCCGGUGGCUGCAGGUGGCGUUACGAACACACAGUGAUUAUCCUCCUUCUAUGGGUCAAAGUGUGAAGGACACUAAGAGCUGAGGAGAGGUCGCUCUCUGUCUUCGUACCCGACAUCUCCCGCUCCCAGGCCUCAUUGUGUGUUGCAUCAUGGGACGUUAAAGUGUGUGUUUAUGAUGGUAGUGAUUAGAUUCCGACUGUUGGACGGAGACGAUGAUCUCACGGUAACGACGAUGCUGAUUUGAAUCUUUCCGGAGCUGAGCGGUCGUUUCUCUUUGAAGGAAAAGACCCGAUCGUUGUUCAUUUUUUUUAAGACCUGUGCAUAGUGUAUGAUGUCUGAAGAAAUAAUUCUAUGAUGCUUUUGGUUUCAACACUGGCUCUUUUUUUUUUUUGUUGCUCACUAUAGAAGCUAAAGUGUUUUUAGCUGGAAACAGAUGUUAUCACGAUGUUACUAAUUCCUGAAGGGUGAUAUUUCCAAAUGGACGACUUUUCCUUUCUUUUCUUUUCUUUCUUUCAUACACACAAAUUUUUUUAUUUUCUCUUUAAAACACAAGGGAGAAAAAAAUGUGAAAUAUUUAUCUAGUCCUCACUGAUUUCAUGUCAACAGAAAACUACCUAGUGUCUGAGAGUAUUUGUAUUUUUUAUUUGUAUAUUUUUCAUACUGUUGGAAGGAACCGCUCGGAGCCGGCUGUGUCGAAGUGUAUUUUCUAAAUGUAGAUAUGUAAUAUCUUCUCACAGUAAUCACACUGAACUCUGUUAUCACGUUAACCUGUCGUGUUCUGCUCGAGUCUUUAAUUGACGCCGAGAUCUGCGAACCGCUGAGUGUUUAUUUUUAUCCCUUCUUGUUCUUGGCUGACUAGCAACGCGCUCGGAGCAGCUUCUCACUCACAGCUUUUCACAUCAGGUCGGAGAAGAGAGAGUUUCUGACUCUGUUGCAUUCGAGCGUCAGGGAGAAGUUUCUCCGAUGUUAAGGUACAAAAAACCACACGUUUCACUCUUUAGUUUCUCACUCUGACUCUGUGCGUCUCGUUUCCAGACGUCGACACAACACACAUCAGUGCUUUGGUUUCUUUUUUUCUGUUUGAUGAUUGUAUUUCUGUCCGGUAAUGAAGGCUCAGCAGGGAAAAGUCACAUGUUAGAGAAACACCUCACACAGACGAGGAAGCACAUCUGUAAUAACCACUUACUGUGGCCCCGUGGUGUGUGUGUGUGUGUGUGAUCUCACACACACACACACACACACAGUUAACGCCACAGUUUCCCACGCUGCUUUUGGAGUUGCAAUACAGUGUUAGUCAGAACUGUGAACUUGUGUUUUUAUCCUGAAGCUAAAAAACUAAAUUGGUAUUUUUUUCUCCCAUAAAUCCUGAGAGAUGAACGUUUCCUGCAGGAUUCGACCGUUCAGGUCAACAAGUGGAACUUCACGACACUAAAACUCCAAACUUACAAACAGCAAGUAGCUGAGAUGCUCAGCAGUGGAGGACGUGGACCAGUUCAUGUUAGAAUGAAUCGAUAAGAUGCUAAUAUCUCGGUAAACGUACGAACCCAGGACAGAUCUGAACUUUAAUUCAGCAGGUGUCAGAAAGUCGUACUGUCACCGAGUGAGAUUCGUUUGCUUUUGUUUCUUUCGUCUCUGUAGAUCCGACGAUCAAUAUUCUUUUAGCUCAGAUUUGUUCUCCACCAGCUUCGGGCUUUUUAGCAGCUAAACGCUACGUUGCUUCGUUCACCUGUUGCGAGAAAGUUAAAUCAUGAGAGACACAACAAACGAAAGAGUCAAAUAAAUAAUCCAAUUCUUGCAGUUUUAAUGAAUCCAGAGUUAUAUGUUUAUUAUAACAACAGGUAAUUUAGACCUGAGAUUAAACUCUGCUCUUUCUAUCAAUCACAAACUACAAAGUUCUUUUACAGUUUGACGUCAUGAACUCCCAGAGACUGUAAAUACAAGUGGACGACAUGUCUCUUCAUCCUCCCACUGUACAAAAUGAAGGAAAAACAUCUCGGAUACUAAAGCUGCCAACGUCUUGUGGCAUCAAGGUCCCGCCCACUCACGCUCUCGACCAAUCACGAGUCAGUCUCAGCUGUCAAUCAAUGCGUUUCAAAUAAGUAAUUAAAACCAAACGUAUCAGUUCCUAAAAUGACAGAAACCACCUUUGAAAUAUAUUGAAUAGAUUUCUUUAGAAUGGUCCUAUCUGCUAACAGCCACCAGGGGGCGACAAAGAGGUUUUGGCGCCGUCAUGUCGUCCAUCUUUACAUUACCCCCCCCCCCCGUUCUGCGACAGUUUGAAGUUUUUAUCCGACACAUGUUUACAGUUGUGCUGGUUAAUGUCUCGGUUCUAAAAGUGAGAGAAGAAGAAGAAGAAGAAGCAGAUUGAGGAACUUGCUGGAAAAUCAACCUCGAAACUUCCCCCCCCCCCCCCCUUUUUAUUGCACUGUGUUGUAUAAAAAUGUGCUUAAUGUUUUCAGUUGUUUUGUAAUAUAUUUAUGUUCUGUAGCACUUUCCCCCUUUUUCUAAACGCAUCGUGGUUCCAGCUCGAAGGACUUUGUCGAUUCACCAUCGCUGAAACUUUUAAAAUGUGUUUUGUUGAUGAUUAAUCUCGGACGUCCACGAUGGAUAGAAUCACAGCGAGUGUCAAAACUGUUAUUUUUCCAUAUUUUUUGUUCAUUUCAUUUCAGUUCCACUACACUCUUGUCCAAACUAUGCAUGGGAAAUAAAAAAAGUUCUGAGAGACACUGA